AUGGGUAAAACAAUGGCCGCUCAGAGUCUUAUACUAACAUCAUAUACUGUCAGACCUGGAGAUUCAUUUGUUAAUGUUUCAGACAAAAUAUAUAGUGGGCAAGCUUGGGAAGCUGAUGGGGAAAAAUCAAUCUUUAUUACAGGAAAUGAUGUUCCUAUAAAUCUUGUUUGUGGGUGUAUUGGAGAAAGUUCUCAACUAGUUGCAACUUACACUGUUCAAGACAAAGAUACAUUGUCCAUUAUAGCUGAUUUAUUUUCCACUGAUAUAGGAGAGAUAGAAAAACUGAAUCCUCAAAUGACGCAAAAGAAGGGUUUCCUAGAUAUUGGAUGGGUUUUAUUUGUUCCCAUAGACAAAAAUGGAAUUCCUGCGUGCGCAAGAACACAUAAAGAAAUUCAUUUGAUCCACCACCAAGCAAGUCUCAGGAACAGGUUCUAUUUUGAUAUUCAACAGAAUUUUAACGCUCUCUGCUGCUCAGGAAGAAGAAGAAACAAAUGGAAGCUGAUCAUCGCAAUAUUGUCAGUUGCAAUGCUACUUUCUGCCGCUGCAUUUCUAAUGAUCCUUUUAAAGAGAAGGACAAACCAACAGCCCGAUGAGGAAGAUCCUAAAGCUGUUUCGAAAAGACUGGGUCCGCAAAAAACUGCUUCUUUGAGAAAGAAGUACGACAUAGAAGAUGUGACAGCUUUUGAGUCUGAAAGACCUGUUGUAUAUAGUCUAGAUGAAAUAGAAGAUGCUACAAUGAGCUUCGAUGAAACAAGGAAAAUUGGAGAGGCUGGAUAUGGUUGCGUCUACCAUGGUGUCCAUGGAGAACAGGAAGUUGCAAUAAAGAAAAUGAAGUCUAACAAAUCCAAGGAGUUCUUUGCAGAGCUUAAGGUUUUGUGCAAGAUACAUCACAUAAAUGUGGUGGAGCUGCUUGGAUACGCAAGUGGAGAUGAUCACCUCUAUUUGGUGUACGAGUAUGUUAAGAAUGGAUCGCUCGCUGAGCACCUUCACGAUCCAUUACUAAAAGGCCAUCAGCCUCUCUCGUGGACAGCAAGAGCUCAGAUAGCAGUUGAUGCUGCCAGGGGUAUCAAAUACAUUCAUGACUACACAAAGGCACGUCAUGUUCAUCGUGACAUAAAGACAAGCAACAUUUUACUCGACAAAGGACUCAGAGCAAAGGUUGCAGACUUUGGGUUGGUUAAACUAGUUGAGCGCGCCGGGGAAGGAGAUAUCCAAGCAACACGCUUGGUUGGAACACCUGGUUACCUUCCUCCCGAGUCUGUGUUUGAGCUGCAAACAACCUCCAAAUCGGAUGUUUUCGCAUUUGGGGUAGUUGUAGCAGAGCUAAUAACAGGACAGCGUGCUCUCAUUCGGAACAACCAGGAACCUCAGAAGAUGAAAUCACUGAUCUCAGUAGUAACUCCCAUCUUAUUUCGGGAUAAAGACUCCAAGAUUGCUUUGGAAGCAAUUAUAGAUGGUAAUCUUAGGAGCUGUUUUCCUAUGGAGGAAGUAUAUCAGAUGGCGGAAAUUGCGGAAUGGUGUUUGGAAACAGACCGACCUGAGAUGCAAGAGAUUGUCGUGAUCUUAUCUAAGAUUCAGAUGGCAUCAGUAAAGUGGGAAGCCACACUUGGAGGAAACAGCACGGUUUUCAGUGGGCUAUUUGAGGGAAGAUGA